UAACUUCUGUCUCUGGCGAUCGAACUCCGCUCUGGUUUCCUUUUUGAGAAGGAAAUUUCAACCAUCACUCCAUUUCUCUUUAAAAGUAAUUUUAUAAAAGUUAUGUGCCACACGCCUGGAACUUGUUUUGUGUUCACAUGAAAGUUCAAGGAGUGGUUGUCAACAUUUUUUAGCCCAAUUAAUUUUGACUUGGUGUUAGAUGGAUGGUGCUGGACAGCUAGAAAAUGGGAGAUAUAAGCUAGAUCGCUACAAAGGAGCACACCCUCCGUGGAACAUGAUGCCACAGCACCAUGUGAAGGAACAAAGCAAUGCCUUGGUAAUGAAUAAAAAAAUCAUGUCUAUACUUGCUGAGCGGGAUGCUGCUAUUCAAGAACGGAACAUUGCUAUUUCUGAAAGGAAGGAAGCCCUUGCUGCGCGAGAUGAGGCCCUCCAGCAGCGGGAUAAGGCACUUGCUGAGCGGGAUAGUGCCUUAAUUGAGAGAGAUAAUGCUUUAGCUGUGCUGCAGUGCCGGGAAAGUGCCAAGAACUUCCCAUUUGGUAGUGGCAUUCAGAGAGGAAGAACAUGCAUGCACCCUUCAUAUCAUUCAAGUGAUACGGAUGAAACUCUCAAUCAUGAAAUGCACGUUACUAAUGCCCUCCCAGUAUCUACCAUCCCUUCUGCAGAAGGCAAGUCAUGUCCUGUAAAGCGGACAAAGGUGAAUAGAGCUGUUUCGUCAAAGUCACCACGAAAGAUUAAGAAAGUGGCUGAGGAUUUAAAUAGACAAGUUGAUACGGAGGUAAGGAAGUGUAAAUCUGAGUGGAAUAGUGAGCAUAUUGGAUUGAGCUUGAUAAACUUUGACGAAACCAAAAUUUCUGUGCCAGUUUGCUCCUGCACAGGAGUUCCCCGACAUUGCUACAAGUGGGGAAAUGGUGGAUGGCAGUCAUCUUGUUGCACUACCAGCAUAUCAUCAUACCCAUUGCCACAGAUGCCAAACAAGCGGCACGCCCGAGUGGGUGGGCGUAAGAUGAGUGGUAGUGUGUUCACAAAGUUACUCAGUCGUCUGGCUGCUGAAGGCUACGAUGUUUCAAAACCACUGGAUCUGAAGACCUACUGGGCUAGACAUGGGACAAAUCGCUACAUCACCAUCAAGUAACUUGUGGAUCGUGUACCAUGGUGCAGUCUACCGCAAAGUUCCGGUGGAAGUAGGAUUGAGUUGCAAGAAAUCGAAUGGAGCAUUUUAAUGAAAGGAGGGUUCCUUUGCUCCAUUGAUAUAGAUUUACUGUAAUUCCGUAAAAUGUUGGAGUCUACAAAUGUGACAAUGUAGAUGGGGCGGAAGAAAGUGGUUAAUGGAAGUAUGAAUUUGUUUAUUAGCAGCCAAGUGGUAGAAAACAAGAGAGUUGAUAAAUGUGUAUCCACAAAUAUGGCACCAUUAGGGGUUUGCAUGUGCGUACUAAGAUAUCAAAGCUGACCCCCACCAUUGAAGUCGAAGGCCGAAUCUCUCAAAUAUUGUUUAGACUUGUUGGUGGUGGGAAUGAAGAACAAUAAAUUAUAUAUCUUUUAAUCAAUUUCCAAAUGUUGUUUGAAAAA